GGGUUGCCUAACAAACUAAUUUUAUUUCGUCAAGUUGGCAUCACGUCAUUACGUAUUCGAAUGUGUUCCUGAACGCACGUGAAACAUGGAGAAACAAAACAAAAACGAAAAAACGGACCAAAACAAAAAGCUGCUGGUUUUAACGCAAGAACUAAAAUUGGCCCGCGUUUUAGCCGGAAACAACAAGACCAGUCGCGACAAGGCGUUAAAAAGCUUGACAAAAUGGCUCAAGCAACGCUCUCAAACAAUGCCAUAUUCUGAAGAUGACUUUCUUCGAUUGUGGAAAGGUCUGUUUUAUUCCAUGUGGCAAUCAGAUAAACCACUGGUCCAAGAAGAAUGUGCAGAAAAUAUAUCAAAACUAAUUCAUUCCCUGCCUUUGAAUACUUCCUUAUUAUUUUUUAAAGCCGGAAUUCAAACACUAAUAAAUGAGUGGUUUGGUAUUGAUCAACUGCGACUCGAUAAAUUUCUUAUGUUUACCAGACGACUAUUAAGGCAAACUUUAAUAGUUUUAAAGGACGAUAAAUUUACCAAAACGUCUGUUGAUCAUUUUGGAGAAAUUCUAUCCGGCACUAUAUUAAAUAAUGAAAAGAAACCACCGUUAGGACUUUUUAUGCAUUUUACGGAAAUUUAUCUUGAGGAGUUAUCAAAAAUUGGUGGUGAAAUUGUAUCACCUCAGAGGGUUGUAGAUUUUCUGAAACCAUUUAUAAUUCGAUUGGCUGCUUCAAACGAUGGCCGGGAGAUUGCACAUAUUAGAAAAUUUAUUUUUACAUACCUUAUAAGGCAGUCAGACUUGGGAUUGGAGUAUCAAGAAAAGUAUAACGCUUGGAAAAAGGAGGGAUUCCCCGGCUCAAUAGACGCCAUGCAGAAGGUGCCCGUCGAGGAGAUGGACGCAGACGAGAGCGGCGAAGAGGCGGGCGACGAAGAGGAGGCGAUGGAGACGUCGUCCGGCGCCGCGGCGCUCGAUCCGAGAGCCGGACGCGUCGACGUCGAACUGCCGCAGCUCAAGUUUCAGCCGAAGGAGGUGUCGCGAGCGCUGCUAGCCGUCAAGUUCGACAAGCAGUCGACGACGAAGACGCGCAAGAUGAUCUCCACCCUCGCCGAACAGUUCGAAAAACUGGGCAACGGCGACUACCCUCUGGGAGCGAAAAAACUCGACUUGCCGAAAAAAGAGGAGUGCGACACGAGCGUGCGCAAGGCCGUGAACCGCCUGGUAAAGUUCGAGAAGAAGUUGAUGGGCGUCAGCAAGAAGGACAAGAAGAAGCGCAAGCGAGCGCUCGAAGCGACCGCCGCGAACGGCGAAGAAGACGAAGAGGAGAACGGCGCGGAGGACCGGGCGAACAAGAAGAAGAAGAUGGACGUCGACAACGUUCAGGACGCAGACACGGACUCGGACGUCGACGUCGAAGAGGUGCAGAGGUAUCUGCGCGAAAACGAAAAAAAGAUGCAAGAGAAGAAGCGCCGCCUUCAGGAUGAGAUCGACGAGAUCGAGUUCGGCGAGCGGUGCAGCCGCGUGAACACGGAGAACCUCGAGGCGUUCGUGCGCAGGCGCGACAUCGACCAGAUCCGCCAGAGGCAGCGGUGCAAGGCGAGGAGGGCGAGGAAGCGCGCCUUCAACUACGGCUUCGGGCUGGACCGGCGCUACGCCGACGAGGCCGAGUUCACGUUCGAGAGGAACUCCGGGACGUGGGUCGUGCACCGCGAACUGGACUCGUCGGACGACCUGAACGCGUCCAACGCCGACUUGGGCAGCUUCCUGGCGGAGAAGUUGGAAAGCGACGCCGGCCUCGUCGCGUCUCCUCCGAAGUUGAAGCCGGCUUCGCCAAAAUUCGACGACGGAUCGCCUUCGAGGAAAAAAUCGCCCGGCAAGACGGUUUCGCCGCCGAAAGGACAGGGUUCGCCGCCGAAACAACCGGGGUCGUCGAAAGCCAACGGAAACGCCUUAAGUCCGUUAAAUCUUUUCCAAUCAUCACCGUCCGAAAAAAGCGAAGUUUUCCCGGGAUCCGAAUGGGACGAACCGUUAAAAGAAGGCGAAUACGAAAUCGUGGUCCCAGCCAAAAAGUACGCGGCCAAAAUGAAAAGCGAGGCCAAAAAUAACAACCAGAGCGUACAAGAGGUCGUAAACGACAGUUUGACAAAACUCAAGGGCAAAAAUCGAUUCUCGUUGGACUCUAAAUUGGCUAAAAUCCCGUUUUGCAAGAGGGCCACCCCGUCCAGCUCAAAAAAAGUAAAAAUCAACAUGGGGCUCAACCAGAGCCAGGAAGUGCACGAGCACUUGGCCCAGCUGGUAAGUUCCCCCGGCAUUCCGUUUGACGCAAACAAGAAGCCCUCAAAGCCCCUGCUGAAGCCCACCGGCAGCACCCCUAUAAACCCAUUUUAUAAGCGUCCCAAAAAUAAGUUGUUUUAAGUUUAAAUGUUUUUGUCAAUGGUGUAUUCUCGUUUUUUUACACAUUUACGAAUGUGACUGGAUUACUAUUUACGAUGACUACGAGAAUGCACCAGAAGUUGUUCCUUUGGUUUGUUACGUGAAGAAAACUAGUUUAUGUUGUUUCAAUAUUUAUUUAUUAUCUUAAUAAAAAACAUAAAUAUUUCUUUAUAUUUUCCGUUAAGAUAAUUUGUAUCUUUAUAAGACUUUAUUACUUUGAUAACUAUUCGAAAUAAAUUCGAC